AUGACUUUCGCCGUCACGCUUCUUUUUUUGCUUCAACUUUGUGCCAACGAAAUUUUUGCACAUAAUAAAUAUUUUGAUCCAAACAUUCCGGAACAGGAAACUCUGUUGAAUGACUAUGACUUCCAAAUGAUUGCUGCAUAUCAGGAUGACGACGAUAAUUGGUCGAGAAUCAAUGAUUCAGCCAUGUACAAUCCAUUUCGAUUUGAAGGAGAUAUAGCAAAUAGCGGAUUGAAUUCGCGUUCGGUCAACAAUUUUGUCGGCAACCCGCCGACAUUCGGGAUACUCGGUGUUCAACGCAACGCGGUUCGUCAAACAUAUCUGAAAUGGGAGGAUGGCCGGAUUCCAUAUACAAUCAGCUCUCAAUAUUCCUCCUACAGUCGUUCGAAAAUUGCUGAAGCAAUCGAGGAAUACCGAAAAAAGACGUGCAUUGAUUUUGCGCCAAAAAGUGCUGGCGAUUUGGAUUAUAUUCAUAUUGUUCCUGAUGACGGAUGCUAUUCGCUGGUUGGAAGAAUUGGUGGAAAGCAGCCAGUAAGUCUCGGUGAUGGAUGCAUUCAAAAAGGAAUUAUCAUCCACGAGCUCAUGCACGCUGUUGGAUUCUUCCAUGAGCAAAGUCGAGCUGAUCGGGAUGAAUAUGUGAAAAUCAAUUGGAGCAAUGUUGAAGCGGGAUUGCAAGACCAAUUUGAUAAAUAUACGUUAAACAUGAUUGACCAUCUUGGUACCAAAUAUGACUAUGGUUCAGUUAUGCAUUACGCGCCAACAGCGUUCAGCAAGAAUGGAAAACCUACAAUUGAGCCACUAGAAAGUGGCGUUGAAAUUGGACAAAGGGUCGGAUUCAGCGAAAAUGAUCUAUACAAAAUCAAUAUGCUCUACAAUUGUCCACAUUAUACUUCCACAGCUUCACCACCCGACGCAACAACUCCACGACGAAUCAAGAGUGCUACUAAGAAGCCGGCAAUCGUUCCAAUCAAUGAAAAGAAGGGCGAAAUUGGAUCGUCGGUUGGGGAAAAGUCGGAGAAGAAAAGCUCGGGAAGCUCAUUGUUGUCGGUGUUGCCAAUUAUCGGAGAGAAAUGUGAAGAUAGGCGAAAGGAUUGCGAAUUUCUCGCUCGAGCCGGACACUGCGAGAGUCGAUUCAGCAUCAGAUUCAUGAAUGAGAAUUGUGCUGAAAGUUGCGGCAAAUGUGAUAAGUCGAAAGAAGCUCUAAAGCCAGUCUGCGAAGAUUCUCGGACUUGGUGUGAACGCUGGGCGAACAGUGGAAUGUGCAACCAAACAAUUUUCAAGGAUUAUAUGAGGAACAAAUGCUCGAAAAGCUGCAACUUCUGCUGA